CCGGGCCGAGAUUCCUCCUGGAUUCGGGUUCCCGCUUGAUCCGAUUGCUAUUCUCCCUUCUUCUUCUUCUUCUUCUUCUUCUUCGUCCUCCGCCUCUGCCAACCAGAAAAAACCAAGGAAAACUCUGCUCCGGUGGCCGGAAUCUGGUUCUGCUCGCCGGCGGGCAUCCUGAGCAGCCGCUAGAGAGAGACUAGGUAGAGAGAGAAUGGGGACGAGGACCAAUUUCUACAAGAACCCUUCAUCCGCUUACAACAGAGACUUCGAUCUCUCCUCCGCUCUUCGAAACCUCAAAGCUUACAACAUCGUCACCGGAAGCGCCUCCUUGACCGACGGAGAACCUUCGAGCGACGAGAAAGCCGAACGACGUAAGCGUCGCCGCCGAGGCUCUGAAGCCCCGUGCGGUGGGAGGAGCCGCAGCCGCGGCGCCGCCGUGGAGGACGAUCGGCCCAUGUCCCACGACGAAUACGUGGAAAAGAGGAGGCAAUUGAGAGAAACGGGUGCGGCUCAGGUUUAUCAGGAAUUGACUCCUGAUGUUCUGGGGGCUUCGAGUUCGGGUUUGAAAUUAGUUGACUAUGGAAGUGAUGGAAGCACUUCUGAAAAAGAUGAAGAGAAGGAGACUGAAAUUUGUGUUAAUAUUGUUGAAGGUGACCAAACCAACACGGAAAGCAAUCUAGUUAAGAUUAGAAGUGAGCAAAGAUUUCCCCUGCCUGGAGAACCGGUUUGCCUGGUGUGUGGCAAAUACGGAGAAUAUAUUUGCGAUGAGACUGAUGAUGAUAUCUGCAGCUUGGAGUGUAAAGCGGUGCUUUUACGAACUCUUAAAUUUAAAGAGGAUCCCUUGAGCAACCAAAGUCCAGUCACAGCUUCAGCUGAGUUUGUUUCUGGAUCAGCUGUGCCUGAAGAAGAAAAGGAUGCUUGGGAUUAUGAUCGUCACCGGUGGUCCGAUAGGAAAUCCGGUCUCUCCACUUAUCUCUGUACUACCUGUCAGAGACCUGGGCACCUUGCGGAAGAUUGCUUGGUUGCAGCUGGACAAAACAAAUCAACUAACAUACCCAAAGAUCUUCUGGGACUUUAUAGAAGAUGCCAGCAAAUAGGGAAAAGCUCAUCCGCAGCAAGGUGCAAUGAAUGUCAAACCUCGUUUGGUUUGGCGACUUGCCUUGAUUGUAGUAGACUAAUAUGUGACGGUGCAGGUCAUUUGGAUGAGCACAUUAGAAUGAAUUCCUCUCACCGGCAGUAUUAUUCUCACAAGCUCAAGCGUCUGGUGAAAUGCAGUAAAGCAACAUGCAAAGUGACAGAUAUAUCUGAUCUUUUGGCUUGCCAUUACUGUUUUGACAAAGCAUUCGACAAAUUUUAUGACAUGUGUACUGCAAGUUGGAAAGGAGCAGGACUUGCAAUUAUACAAGGGUCUAUUAGCUGCGAAGAUCAUUUUUCAUGGCACAGAAUGAAUUGUCCAAAUGCUGGUGCAGAAGAUAGUGCAUAUAUUGUCAGUAGGCAUCCUCAAAGGGGAAAGCAUGUUCAGAUCAGCGAAUUCAUUUUCUGAUCCUUGGCGGGGGAAGAAACCUGGUAUUGUUUGAUUGCCCGGUCCUGGUACAGCUAUUUAUGGAGAGAGAGCUGCCGGUGCGACUUCAACGUCCUGGGUUUGCAAGUCCGGAAGAGGCGUUGUCGAUGGAAGAAUGAUCUGACCAUUGAUCAGCUAGAAUCAGAAUCUCCGACUUGUAUAGUUGUUCAUCGAUCCCUAUUGGUUUGUGGAGGACGCUAGCUACGGCAUGUAGGGGGGCUUCAUGUUUCCCAGUUGAUUAAAUCCAUCAGCAUUCUUCUUCUUCUUCUGAAUGUUGAUGUAGUGUGCAACACCUAAAAGAGAAAACAACUUGCUGUGAAUUCCAUGGCUCAUGGUUAUAGUGACUGUUUUACAUUGAUCACUGUAUUCAUCUCUGUGAAGUUGUUUUCGGCAACGCCUCAAGGUUUUCUAAUC